GCCAGACGCUCGGACCGGUCGUCAUAUCCGACUCCAAAAACUUGCUCCGGAAUAUCCAAUCCAACUCCAAGGCAAGCGCGCUACUCCGGGCAGCGGCAGCGGCCAUGGCUUGCUCCGCGCACCUCCUGUCCCAGAGCCUCUACUCGUCCCACCGCGCCAGCCCGGCCGCGCGCGGGAACCUCCGCUCCGGGGCGCGACCGCCGGCGCGGGCGUCUCCCGCGGCGAGGCCCGGCUCGAGCGCCAGGGGCUGCCGGGGUGUCAGCCUGAGGGUCGCCGCGUCGUUCGAGCAAGGGAGGCGGCAAGUGGAGGUCUCUUAUGACCCACAAGCAAAGUUUAACCAACUUGCGGACCAAAUUGACAAGGAUGCGGGGAUGACACGGCUCAACCUAUUCUCACCUUGCAAAAUUAAUUUGUUCUUGAGGAUAACGGGGAAGAGACCAGAUGGGUUCCAUGACCUGGCUUCUCUGUUUCAUGUCAUAAGUUUGGGUGAUACAAUCAAAUUCUCGUUGUCACCAAGUAAGAGCAGAGAUCGCCUGUCAACCAAUGUUCCAGGUGUCCCAGUCGAUGAAAGCAAUUUGAUCAUCAAGGCACUCAACCUUUACCGACAGAAAACUGGAACUGAUAACUUUUUUUGGAUACAUCUUGAUAAGAAGGUCCCAACUGGUGCUGGUCUCGGUGGUGGAAGCAGUAAUGCUGCAACUGCACUAUGGGCUGCUAACCAGUUUGCUGGCAGCAUAGCUUCAGAAAAGGAUCUUCAAGAAUGGUCUGGUGAGAUUGGAUCAGAUAUCCCCUUUUUCUUUUCACGAGGAGCAGCAUAUUGUACCGGUAGAGGAGAGAUUGUCGAAGAUAUCCCAAAUCUCUUGCCAGAAAAUUUAUCAAUGGCUCUUAUAAAGCCGCCUGAAGCAUGCUCAACUGCUGAAGUUUACAAGAGAUUCAGGUUGGAACAAGCUAGCAAAGCUGAUCCUUUGACCUUGCUCAAAGAAAUAACUCAAAAUGGGAUAUCACAACAUGUCUGUGUUAAUGAUCUAGAGCCUCCAGCUUUUGAGGUGCUACCAUCACUUAAGAGGUUGAAGAAACGAAUUAUUGCCGCUAGCAGGGAUGAAUACAAUGCUGUUUUUAUGUCAGGAAGUGGAAGCACACUUGUUGGAAUUGGUUCUCCAGAUCCACCUGCAUUCGUAUACGAUGAUGAGGACUACAAGGAUGUUUUCGUAUCAGAGGCUUGCUUCCUCACUCGCGAUGAGAAUGAGUGGUACAGGGAACCAAUCUCGUCCAAAGCCGCGUUCAGCAAAGACGACUUACCAGCCUCGGUUACUGACUGAAUUCUGAUUGACUCCGGUUCUGCAUUUGAUCUCAAUUUUGUGGGUUAUACAGGUGAGGGUUUACUGCGUGUUGGGAAAAAGAAUCGACAAGGUCACUUUGUUCAUAAGACAAUCUGAUCCCACGAAAUGGAUAUCAUUUUUUCAGUAUAGCAACCAUGAUUUCUGUCAA